UGGCGUUCUUAUUUUUUACUACCGAGUAGGAUUGAUGGAGAGAAGGCGAAGGAGAAUAGAGGAUUUGAGAGAGGGCAGCAGAUCUCGAGUUCCAGUCUGCGGGUGUGGCCGCCUCCAUGUCGUUGGGCUCGUGGCACCACCGAAUGCUGCGUCCCCUGCUCCGCCGCCUCCUCCCCACCUUCCUCCUCCUCCCACUCCUACUCCUCGCCGCCGUUCUCUUCUCUCCCUCCACCCCUAAUCCUUUCAUCUCUUUCUUCGGGUCUUUCUCGCUGGAGGAACCCGACAUCUGGAGCGCGCGACGGGUCGUGGAGUGGAAGGCGUGCAAUUGGUGGAAGAAUUCUUCUUUACCUGCUCUGCCCGCGAAGACCAACGGCUACAUCCGGGUGGAUUGCUAUGGUGGCCUUAACCAAAUGCGACGAGAUUUCUGUGAUGGCAUCGGGAUAGCUCGGAUCCUAAAUGCGACUCUGGUCUUGCCCAAAUUUGAGGUGGCUGCUUACUGGAAUGAAUCGAGUGGCUUCGCAGAUGUGUUUGAUGUAGACUACUUUAUUCAGCAAACAAAAGGUUUCGUGGAACUUGUGAAAGAGUUGCCAGAGGAAAUUGCUUCAAGAGAGCCUUAUAGGGUGGACUGCAGCAAACGCAAAGGUCAAUUUGAUUAUGUUGAAGCAGUGCUUCCUGCUCUACUAGAACAUCGCUAUAUAUCAUUGACACCAGCUAUUAGCCAAAGGAGAGAUAGGUAUCCACUAUAUGCUAAGGCUGCGCUUUGUCAAGGGUGUUACAAUGCACUGCGCCUGAACAAGGCCUUGGAGGCUAAAGGCUCUGAGCUGUUCAAAUUGAUACCAAAACCCUUCCUCUCACUACACCUAAGAUUCGAACCUGACAUGGUGGCCUAUAGUCAAUGUGAAUACCAAGGACUCUCUUCGACAUCCUUAAAUGCUAUUGAAGCUUCACGUGGGGAUAGAAAACCAUGGACUGGUGAUGCUGCUCACAUUUGGAGGAACCGUGGGAAAUGCCCACUCACACCAAAGGAAACAGCAUUUGUCCUCCAUUCUCUUAAAAUCCCCACCGAUACAACAAUCUAUUUGGCAGCCGGGGAUGGUCUCAUGGAGAUGGAAGAUUUCACAGCUGUUUACACCAAUGUCUAUACUAAAUCUUCUCUUCUAAAUAGUGAAGAUAUUUUUCGUAUGCACGGCAACACAAAAGCUGCUCUGGAUUAUUUUGUUUCGAUCAACAGUGACGCAUAUAUUACAACUUACUUUGGAAAUAUGGACAAGAUGGUGUCAGCAAUGAGAGCAGUGAACCGGCAUUACAAAACAUUGGCUUUGAGCAGGAGGGCUUUUGCAAAUUUUACUGCAAUUGGGCUGAAAGGGGUGGAGUUGGCUGAUGCUUUAUGGAAGUCUCAUAGAGAAGAUUUUGUGAUGGGAAGAGGCACUGCUUUGCCUGAUUGUUUCUGUGAAUUUACUUUAUGAAUGGUCCUUCAAUUUUUCUUCCUCGUACAUAGUACAAACGUCGCUAUGUUUGGAUUAUGCUCUCUAAGGUUGUAAAGUAGGAACCUUAUCAUUGUACAAGGCUUAUUCUCAAAAAGCAAAGGCAAUGAAGAUUAAUGAA